GUCUCCUUUGACCAGCUCUGUUAAUCUGUUUCUGCUACUUUCUCGUUGCUGUCUGACCAUGUCGAGGCGUAAAUCUGCUCAAGCUGCUAUUGCUCUGAUCAAACAAGAAUCUACCGCAUCAGAGGGCUCGAAUCACACAGAACAAGCCUACAGUGCAGCGUCCAGUGGCUCUGAAUCAAGCUACGAUGAAGCACCUCCCAAGACGACUCCCUCGAAACGCAUCUCUCCCAGAAAGACAACAACGCCCGUUCGUCCAAAGCUCGAACAAGGCAUCUCUCCUUCACCGAAACGGUCUCGUGCCGAAGCAGCAGCAUUGAAAGCAGCGUCACUAGCAGAAUUUACACCCCCUGCAGAUUGGCAAACGACGUAUGCACUGAUUAAGCAGCAACGUGCAGGUCUAGAAGCACCCGUGGAUACACAAGGUUGCGACGGUCAUGACCACUUGGACGCACGUACACGGCGGCUCCAUUGUCUCGUUUCACUUAUCUUAUCAAGUCAAACGAAAGAUACGGUGAAUUUCGCAGCCAUGACGAAACUCAAGGAGAAUUUACCGGGUGGGCUGACGUUGGAGUCGUUGCUGGAGGUGGAUGAGCAAGUCCUCAAUCAACUCAUCUGGGCUGUUGGCUUCCACAAUACAAAGGCAAAGAACCUGAAACGCGUUGCUCAAAUCUUGCGUGAUGAUUUUGCUGGUGAUAUCCCAAAGACCGAGGAAGAGAUGAUCAAGGCCUUACCUGGCGUUGGCCCCAAAAUGGCACCUUUAGCAAUGCGUUCCGCUUGGGGAAUUGUCACAGGUAUUGGAGUUGAUGUGCAUGUUCAUCGUAUUGCAAAUCGAUUAGGCUGGGCAAAUACGGCAUCACCGGAUAAUACCAUUGCAGGCGUCACAACGGAUGGUGAUCCACAAGAGACGCGGAUGCAGAUGGAAGGGUGGUUACCGAGGGAACUCUGGAGUGAAGUGAAUCACAUGCUGGUCGGAUUUGGCCAGAUGGUAUGUUUACCACGAGGACGGCGGUGCAGCGCGUGUACGUUGAGUGGGACCGGGCGGUGUCCGAGUGAAAUUGCUGACCGGCCUGGUAAGAAGCGGAAAGUGGUGGUCAAGACGGAGAUCAAAACUGAAGUCAAGACAGAGGCUGGUGAUGUUUUGCAAAAGGAAGAGGUCAAGGAGGAGGUCGAAGUGGAAGACUUGGCGAUACUCGUCUCGCCCUAUUUUACAUAGUGUACAUGUACAUGGCAUGGCUGAUUGAGUCGUGUCUAGCGUUCAAGGUAAUUCUUCGUUUCUGCCGA